CAUGAUGACUUAUUUCACUCACCUGUCCUCUCAAUGUGGCUUGUGUUAUUCCCUUUGUUUCAGAAUAAUUUAGAUACAAAUGCAGUUCAGCGAGAGGAAAAAACAGCUGCUAGUAAAGUUGUUGCUGAAUCUGCUGUCAAAUCAUCUCCAAAGGCUACUAAUGUGGAAGCUGAAGUCAAAAAGCUUGCAGAAGAAAACAAAAGGCUCAAGGAAGAAAUUCAGCAAAUGAAACAAGAAAAUGCACAAUUGAAAGCUGAAGGACUAAGGUUAAGAUCCCGUGGUAACCCUACGAGUGAUGCAGGUUCACAACUUAGUAGCAGUAACCUAGGGAGCUCAAAAGAUAUGCAUCCUAAACCUCAAUUUGAUGACAGGCUUCAAGAACAGCCACAGUCUCCAAUGUUGUAUUUGGCAGUUAUUCUCACCAUCGGUUUGGUGGGGAUCUUCAUCGGAAAAUUUGUUGUUUAGACCCAUCUUUUGCACCUUCCCGUAUUUUUUCAAGCUACUGGUUUGUUUGAGAAGUAGAAGUUGCCUGAAGAAAAAAUGCAAUCAAUAACAACAUUGGAUGUAGCGCCAGAAUAAAAAUAGAAAUUAAAUGUGGCAACUACCAACUAUAUAUUGCUUUUCAUUUUUUACUAGGGAUUUUUUGCCACCGCGUGUCUUUUGAGAAUAAUUUUGUCUGCAAACUGUGUUUUUUACAACUCCAAAAACUUCAUCCAAAAAAAUACUUUAAAGUUCCAAGUUCUGAUGCCUUUCAAAAGCAGUUUUACCAUGUAUGUGCUUCUUGUUUUUGAAUGCCAUCUGUAGAGAUAAGUAAAUACAUAAAAACAUUGCAUUAUUUUAUGAUAAAUCAAUUUUUUUUUUUUUUGUUUGUUUGUUUGUUUUAACAGUCUCAAGUUUCUGUCAGUAUUUUAUUGCCAUUUGAGGCAACAGAUUUUGUAAUUGCUUUGAAAAUACAUGGCAAUCUAAACCUCAGGCUUGUAGUUCAUUAAAUUCACUGCAACAUUUUGCAGUUUGGUUGAUGAAAAUAAGUUGAUGGCUAAUUAAAGUAUAAUUUAAUCCAGUCAGGUGUGCUACAUACAAAGUUUUUUUGCUGACUCUUCGAAAUGUUCCUUGUGGAAUCCUCUUUUAUCUAAAAAAAAAAAAAAAAAAAACAUAUAUAUAUAUAUAUCUAUAUAACAAUCCAAAUGACAACGUUUGAUGUAUUUUCAUCUCCUGAUUAAUUCUCCUGAGUAUGUCAGUGUUGAGACUCAAAAUAAUAAAUUUGUUAUGGAAUACUGAGCUUAUUGUUUUAACUUUAUUGAUUACGUUACUAGCUUUUACCAUGUCUGUCAUAAAUUUGGAUCUAUAGAUUUGCAUUAAUAUGUAAAUAUGCUUAAAACAAGUGCUUAUUUAAAUAGACUAUUAGUAACUUUCAUUCAUUAAAUACAACUUAUAGAUAACUUAUGACAUAUAUCUUUGUAUUUUUUAUAUUCGUUAAGAAGAAAUUGUCUAUUGUCAUUAUUAUUAUUUAUUUCAGUCUUUAUUUUUAGUUUAAAAAAAUUAUGCAUUUAAUGCAUAAUUUUUGUAAUUAUCCAAAUUUUUACAGAAGUGAUUAAACAAUUAAAAUUAUUAAUAAACAAAUUUACUUGUCUAAUUAUGUUAAUAUUAUAAAGGAAUGAAUGUGAACUUAUUAAUUUUUAUUCCAAGAUUUUGAUAGUGGCAUUCUAUAUAAAUUGUUUUAGAAUUUUAAUUUUUAUAUAUUUCAAGCUAUAUAGUUUAAGAUACUUAAGAACCGAGUUACCUAUAUCCACUACUACUCUUAUACCAUAGAAAAAAUAGUUUGUUGUAUAUAAUUAGCUUUAUGUGUAUGUACAUUCAGUUUGAAAAUCCGGAUUUAUACAUUUUAUUCUUACUUGGAACUAUGUAUAAGGAUUUAUAAUUUUGUAUUGAAAAAAUAUUGAUUAUGUUAAACAUUGAUAUAAAUUCAUAAAUGAACUCUGGAUUAUAUAUAUAUGUUAACAAAUUCUUUAGUAUUUAUUUUUAGAAAAGAAUGCUAAUCCGACAAUUAUUUUAAAGUUCUCUAUGAUAUUUAAAUAAUGAGCCAUUGUAAAAUGUACAUAAACUAGGGAGAAUUCAUUCGGGUUAUUCUUCAACAUAAAUAAGAACUUUUUUGUACAAAUUAUAUGAACUCAACUUCUAUAUAAAUUUAUUUUUAGAGCCAGUCUUUGAACAGAUGUUAAAUUAUAUAGCAAGUUCAGUAUUGCAUAAGAGGAACUAGUAUUAUGAAAAGAGCCUAACAGUUUUUCAUGCCAUCAAUUUUGUUUUUGAACAGAAGAAGGUGUGUUUGAUGAAUGAUGUAAAUGUUUCAUAAAAGAGCUGUGAUUUGCAUAAUUUAGAUUUGUUGAAGGGUAGUCAUGAUUGUCAAAAAUAUCUUAAUAUAUAAAAUAUGAUAUAAUACAUAAUCAGUUUCUAGAGAACGUCAAUUGAAAAGAAAAUCAGGUCUUGAAAUAUAGAAGUGAUAUUUGAUAUUCUCAUUAAUAUAGAUGUAUUUAUGUAUACAUGAUCAUAGCAAUGGAAAUACCUUCCUUAUUAAAUAUUUACUUAAAAUUGUUAUUGUUUUUCUAAAGUUACCUUUUUGAUUAUUCAUUAAAAUUUGGAAAUUGUGCUUAUAGAUUUCAACUGAAAUUUGAUUUCUACGUAGAAUUGUAACAUCAGUAUACAUAAAAUCAUUUGAUUGGGUGACUGUAAGUUGGUGCUAAUCUGUUAUUAUUCUCUUUAAUGAUCUGUAUUAACACUUGAAUGACCACAUGUGUGAUAAAAGCAAAAUUAUCUACU